CCGACUCAGCCGCCGCCGACACCGGGUACUCGUCUUUCUUCUUCUUCUUGCCUCCAAUCUUUCCUUUCUUCCCAUUUCUUUCCUCUCCUCCAUCUUAUUUUCUUUCCUUUCUUCUUCACCUACCUGCUCCGGUUUUGGUUUGAACCGUAACUGCCGGCUAGAAACCGGCGGUUCGAACCGACGGUUCGGAAUUGAAUGUGCAAGUCUUAUUAGACCUACGAUCCUAGGCGCCAAACUGAUGAGUUGUUUUGGAAUAAGCGGGAAAUAUUUUCAGAUUAGGUACAGUGCCGAUAUCUGAUUACAAACCCAUGCUCAAGUCUUCCCUGUCUUCGGUUCCAUUCUAGAUUCCUCGUUUCUCCCUUUUUCGCUUAUAACCCUUUGUCUUCUUAUCCCACGAAGUCGUAAUUUUCUUCUCUGUCGUCCUCCAGGACAAGGCAUUUUAGCUGUCGAUAUCGUCUACGGUCUCGUCGGAGGUUUUAAUUAGUGGCAACCAGAAGGAAAAGGAAAACGAGAAUUUUAUUCCAUGGAUGCAAGUGCUGAAUUAGGCUCUGCUGCUGACAAUUACAACUCGUUGAUGUCAACAACUGAUGCUGAGUUGUUGAAGACUGCAUGGAGGAAUGAAAAGGCAGCUCCAGAGAUUCUGAAAUUCGACUCUGAUUUAGUUCAGAGAUCCCGCCAGCAGCUCCAUUUAAUGGAAGAGAUGGUGAAUGACUUCAACUCUAACGGUGUUGAUCCACUAACGGUGUCCCUUUAUCAGAUGGACCUGGAUAGGACUAUGUUCCUUUUGAGAUCGUAUGUGCGUACUCGAUUGCAGAAGAUUGAAAAAUAUGUUUUCCACAUAAAUAAAACUACAGAAUUGUGGAACCGGCUGUCCAUGCAGGAACAAAGAUUCGCCAGGAGGUGUGCUGGAGAUUUAACAAAAAACCUGGAACAAUCUGUGCUCUCUAAACUACCCGAACAAUACCAAUCUCAUUUGAGACAAUCCGCGGCAAGUGAAGAUGAUGACAUGGUUCCCGAGCCACGACUGGAUGCAUAUGUGGUGUGCAGAAGCAAGAGAUAUUUGGGAGCCUUUCAGCUCGACGAUGGUGAAGAAGAACCAAUUAAUAUCGAAGCUGACGAUCUAUAUGCCUUGCCGUACAAGUCUAUAAAGCCGCUAGUGGAGAAUGGGCAGAUCGAUCUAGUCUGAGUCUGAACAAAUGGACCGAUAGAUAGAUGUUCCAAUAUAUGAAGAACAGACAGACAGAGCAAGAAAUGGAGCAGACCCCAACAACUUCAUCAAAGUAAAAAUCAAUAUUCAUACUGUUAUAUACAUAAAUUCAUCAAGUUGGUGUUGGAUCCAUGGGAAAUGCAUUAGCAGCAGCAGCAGCAUCCGAGUUGAAGAUCCAAAAUACGAUGAUGAAUAAAGCAAAAGUUAUCCCGAUCAUAAAACUCAGUUUGAGCAUGUUUGAUAGUAGUUUAUCGACCCAUUCCUUCUUCUUGUAUACACCACCAUAGAAUUCAUCAAUGAUAAUGUCCAGCAAACAAUCCAGAAGCAGUUUCAUUGAAUUACCCAUAUCUUUU